AUGAGGGAGAACAUGAGGAGGCUGAACAUGAAGAGCAGGAAGACGUGUGUCGGGAGCGAGGGGCGCAUCCCUCCUUACCUGACCGCCUCGGGAGAGGUCUUAAAAGGAAUAUUCCUGUUGUACUGCGCAUCGGAGACAAACGCCGCUGCCAGCAGGAGAUCCUGGGGGAACACAAGACAGGGCGUGAGGAACUGGGGGGAGCUCAGCGGAGCAGAGGAGAAAGGGGAGAAGCGCCCGGGGGCGAGGCGGUACCUGCGCCGCCGCCUCGGCCAUGGCGCGGGAGGACGCGGCGCCUCCCCGGCCCCGCCGCCUUUAACGGGGCCGGUCCCGCCCCCGCGGCAGCGGAAGCGGGAGGCGGCGCCGGGCUCGGGGCUCGGCGGCGGGGCCGGGAUGGUGCUGGAGGCGCUGCGGCCGCGGCUGGUGCGCUGGGCGCUGCUGGCCGCCUUCGCCGCCGGCGUGGUGGUGGGCUGGCAGGCGGGCCGGGCGCGCCGCCGCUUCCUGCGCUGGCGCCAGCGCUACCUCCAGCGCCGCCUCGCCGCCGCGCAGGAGAAGCUGGAGGCGGCCUGA